UACGCGUCUCUACCUCAGCAACCGAGCCAGCAGAAAUCACGUGACUCCAUAUCUACCUGCUAAGUAAAUAGUCGCCCACCCCCCGUGAACGGGAUUUUGACUCUCAAAUUAAUACAUAAGUUCAAACAAAAAGAAAAAAAGAACAAGAAGAAGACAAACUCAGAGGAGUGCAGCCGAUUACACAUCUCAGUCUGAAUCCUUACAGGGAGCCAUGGCCUGGUUCUCUCCCUUGACGCCCAUCUUUGUCGCAGUACUUUGUGUCGUGAUUGCAUUUCUCAUGAAGGGCUUCAAAACUGAAAAGAGGGAGAAGAAAGCUCAGGCGGCGGUCACUUCCAAAUCACGACCGUGGGUGGACGAAGAUCUAAAAGACGAAACUGAGCUGGACACCGGAGAUCAGGCCCAUGAGGACUGGGUAACCGAGGAGGACGACGUCUCUCACAUCCCCUUCUCCCCAAUGCGGCUGACUGAAGAGGAAAUGCUGCACAGAUCUCAGCAGUUUUUCCAGCUGAUGAACAGCAGGAGAAGCGUCAGAUUCAUCAGCUCCAAGCCAGUGCCAAGGGAGAUAAUCGACAAUGUCAUCAGAACCGCAGGCACUGCCCCUAGUGGUGCUCACACAGAGCCCUGGACCUUUGUUGUGGUGUCUGACCCAGAAACAAAGCAUGGGAUCCGAGAAAUCAUCGAGGAGGAGGAAGAAAUCAACUACCGGCAGAGAAUGGGAGAAAAGUGGGUCAAGGAUCUGAAAAGGUUGCGGACAAACUGGGUCAAGGAGUACCUGGACAUUGCCCCCUAUCUGAUAUUAAUAUUUAAGCAGGUCUACGGAUUGAUUUCUAGUGGACAAAAGAAAACCCACUACUACAACGAGAUCAGCGUGGCCAUCUCCUGUGGGAUUCUGCUCGCUGCACUGCAGAACGUCGGGCUGGUGACUGUCACCACUACGCCUCUAAACUGCGGGCCACGGAUUCGAGUUUUGCUGCAAAGACCUACAAACGAGAAGCUGCUGCUGCUGCUGCCGGUGGGCUAUCCGGAGGAAGGAGCUACCGUGCCGGGUCUGACUCGCAAGAAGCUGGAGGAGAUCAUGGUGACCGUCUGAAGAAAAAGAAAGAAAGAAAGAAAGAAAGAAAGAAAGAAAGUCCCCGUAUCUUGAAACACCAUUGUAUGCUAUUAAUUGUGCCAUAGCUGCCGUACGCCCAUUACUUUUGCAAUUCCAAAUACUAUUUUCAUAACAAUUAAUAUGUUUAAUCAAAUUCUUAAGAAAAUAGGGAAAUGUUUAAUAAUGUAUAAGCUGGUUAUGAAUAGCCCACCCAUAAUUUUGAGGGACUCUUUGGAUGAAUUCACAUAUUAAUAUUGCAUUGCUGAGAACUUUGAUUUCAAUUUUAAUAUUUGUGUGUAAAGUAUAAAACAAAUAUAAUAAAAUAAAGCCCUAAACAUGA